UUUUUCAAGAGAUGUACGCAGCAUCCCAUUGUGUUGAGUACUAUAUAAAUACACUGUGGACAGAGAAUAUGAUACCGUCUUCCGACCCAGACAGCAAAACCAAUUCAUCACACAGACUCAGCUCUUUUAUCAAAAUGAACGGUCAUGAUUUCACUUUACAAUUUGAAAACUUGCAACAUGCCACGGGCAGAAACAAAACUUGGCUGUGCCAGAUUCGGAGAGUGAACGGGGGUGAGGGCGCUUUACAGGUGUUCGAAAACGAAGGAUCUAAACACGCAGAGGAAAUCUGCCUGCAGGCAAACGAAGUUGCAAUUAAAAAGGCUGAUCGAUAUGAAAUAACCUGGUACCUGUCCUGGAGCUCCUGCGAAAGAUGCGCGCCUCAAAUAAUUGAAUUUGUGGAGAAGCACCAUAAUGUGAAGCUGAAUAUCUUCGUUUCCCGGCUCUUCCGCCAUCAAUCAAGUUCUCACAGGAAGGGCUUAAGAGCUCUUUCACAACAUGAAAGAAUUGGCUUAAAAGUGAUGACCUUAACAGAUUUCAAGGACUGUUUUGAUCGCUUUGUUGGAGAAGGAACUGGAUUUGAGACCUGGGCAGACCCUCCUGGGAACUCAGAAAUAUAUGCGGCUAUACUGAAAGAGAUAACUGUAAGGACACGUGAUACUUGUGAUAAUCACAAUGCAGAGCUGAAGCAGGAGUUAUACACUGAAAAUCGACUAGAUAGACAGAAUGAAAGAAUAAAAAUAAAUUAAAGAAAGAAAGAAAGAAAGAAAGAAAGAAAGAAAGAAAGAAAGAAAGAAAGAAAGAAAGAAAAAAGAGUGAACGAAGGUAUAUAACUGCUGGCAAACGCGAAUGCUGAUUAUAGAAGCUGGAUCACUGCUGUUGAUAACUCUGUUUCAUAUUUUAGGGCGCUGAUCCCAGACUCCCCUGUGCGCUGCGGCUGCCUGCAUGAAACACAGCAGCAGACUUCCACUGAGAAAGAGCAGCAGAACCGACAGCGCGGGACACGGGCGUGAUCCGGACAAGCAGCAAUCUGCACUCUCUGCAUCAUCUCUUAUUAUAGACCUCACUCUGUAGCUGCAACACCACACGCUUUAAUGACAGGCUUAGACACGCCUUCUUUCAACUGUCUUUUAUUCAAUUAAGUGUCAUUCAUACCUGUCAACGUAUGGGUGUCCUUUUUUAUGUGUGUAUUUUAAACAUUUUAUGGGCUUUUAAUCGAUUAUUUCACGCAAUUAAAUCUUUUGCAAAGGAGGGAAAACUAAAUCAUUGUUUGGAGAAAAAAAACUUGUCUUGUUUAUUCUCACCAUGAUAUUAAAACAUUCAUACUUCAAUUUUGAAUCUAUACCUAUAUGAAAAUAAAUCUGUUGGAUAGGGGGAAAUAUUAUUAUUAUUUUUUGUUGGGAUGAUAUAUGAACUCAGCAAAACAGAAGACAGGGAGCUAGCGCUCUUGUGGUUUAAAUAUGUCACCAGAAACCCUCUAUAGAAUUAUAGCCUUAUUAUGCAAAGUUGGGUGUACAUUAUUAUUAUUAUUAUUAUUAUUAUUAUUAUUAUUAUUAUUAUUAUUAGACCAUCCAUUUUUGAUGUACACAAAAUGGUUUAAAUCACGGCUGUUGAAUUAGCAGACAACUGAUCUCCUGUCUAAUACCCUUGAUAAUGCUAAGAGCCCUUGCUAUUAUAGACGAUACUGUAGCGCACAAACACACUGUUUCAAUAAAGAUAUUCUAUUGUUAGAUAAUAACCUGUCUACUGAUCUCAAUAGGUGUUUGCUGUGGUUUAAAAUUCAAUAAAGUUUUUUUUUCAA